AAAAACAAAGAUGGGAAUUCAGGAACCUGGUCGCGGACGUUAGAGAAAUUGUCACCUGUGAAUCGAUUAGUUGAGCGGCACAAAAACCUUCAUUUUUCACAAUUGACAAACGUCCCCUUCGAUUUAAUAACACCUCAUUUUAAUACACAGAAACGGAACAAAAUGCCUUCUCCUAAAGCCAAAAACAGCGCAAAUCGCAGCGCAGGUGGAAGCUCGGGUCUCAGUGGCAGCACCAACGGCAACGGACGCUACGAGUUCAUGUCGCUGAACCGAACCCCUCCACCCACUCUCAUCCAACGGCAGGGCUCCGACCCAACCGCCGCAGCCAGACUGCGGUCCUCUGAGAGCCCUACCCGGCGAAGGGGCUCCGGGUCCUCCACCUCGUCCAACACAGGCAUGCCCGAAGAGGAUUGUAUGCGGCUCAACCCUUCAUUUAUCGGGAUAGCCCUCAGCUCCCUCCUCGCCAUAGACCUGUGGCUUUCCAAGCGGCUGGGGGUGUGUGCCUGUGAAGAUUCCUCAUGGGGUAGCAUUAGACCAUUAAUGAAACUUAUAGAGAUUUCUGGCCAUGGAAUACCAUGGCUGGUUGGGACAGCCUACGGCCUGUACAAGGCUGACAGUGCAGCAGGACAGGAGGUUAUGCUAAACCUCUUCAUGGGUAAAUAUGAUAUCAUAUUAAUUGUUUUAUUCAUAGUAGCCUAAUACUAACAGGAAGCCUCCCAUACAUAGCCGGAAGGCUCCUAUUAUGUUGCCUCCAUAGAAUGCCACCUCCUGUUCUUAUUGUCAUGCAUCCUGACAUUUAUCCCUAUCCCCAGCCAUUUUUACAGCAGAUACACAUUGACUCACACACCCACCCUGCCAGGAGGACGCCAUACUCAACAUUUAAAUAAUGAAUGUUGGUGUUUUUAUUAGAUCUGUGGGUAGCCUACAGAAAUAUUCUGAAAUGGUUUCCUCUUCCUCUCUCCUCUUUCUGUAAUAAUGUUAGAACCGGUGGAAGAUGAAAGCACAUCCUUGGUACCCAUCCACCCAUCUUGUGCUUUCAGAUGAAUAUCAGUACAGAUAAGUCUGAUGAGGAAAGGAUUUGGCCCGCACAUCCCUUAUCCUAAUUAGCAUGCAUCCGUCCCCUCAUCAACCCCAGUCCAGCCUUACAGCUGAAACACACACACACACUAUACACCAAUUUCACCCAUCCCUCCACAAUAUUUUAUUUUUACUCUUCCUGUUUUUCCUUUCCUUCCUUCGGUGCCAGUUCCUUCUCACCUGUAACUGUCAUCCCACCGUUCAUCCUGCGCUCCACCGGUUUCUCUCCUCCACUGUUUCCUCUCCUCCACCGGUUUCUCUCCUCCACUGUUACCUCUCCUCCACUGUUUCCUCUCCUCCACUGUUUCCUCUCCUCCACUGUUUCCUCUCCUCCACUGUUUCCUCUCCUCCACUGUUUCCUCUCCUCCACUGUUUCCUCUCCUCCACUGUUUCCUCUCCUCCACUGGUUUCUCUCCUCCACUGUUUCUCUCCUCUUGAGGCAAGAUUUAGGAGAUUAUUGGGAUUAGGCCUAGCCAAAAUACUACAGUAGAUUGUGGUGUAGACACUGGUUGCCAAGCCAGACAGCCACCUAGAACUCAGAUGUCUGACUCAGGGACCUCAGUAAACACACACACACACUCUUCUGAUGCCAGAUGUGCACACACAAACACACACACCGAGUAAACAUGUGCGCACAUACACUAACAAUGCUAAUGCUAGAAUACACGUACACACACACACACAUGGGAGAGUAGGCAGAGAGUUGUCAUCUGGAGUCUUCCAGCUCUAUGAACAGUCAGACACUCUAGAAGCGACAGACAAUCUCCCCUGUUGCUGUGUAGUGGUGGUGUGGUCCGGGGAUGAGGGAGACAGACAGACCGAGAGAGAGAGAGAGAGAGAAACAGACAGACAUACAGAGAGACAGACAGAUGUCCUCUGCAGUGUGUUCAGGGUCGUUCCACCUUAAAAAGCACCAGAAAGAGGAUUUCGACACCCACCAUCUCAGAUUGUUCUGAAAUAGUUUCUGUUGCUAGAAAGAAAUAAGAUUAGCAUUCCUGCAACAUUAUUUUGUUGAAAUAUAAAUAGAUCUCUAUAGUCCCGUGUAGCUCAGUUGGUAGAGCAUGGCGUUUGCAACGCCAGGGUUGUGGGUUCGAUUCCCACGGGGGGCCAGUAUUAAAAUGUAUGCACUCACAAAAAAAAAACUGUAAAUCGUUCUGGAUAAGAGCGUCUGCUAAAUGACUAAAAUGUCAAAUGUAAUCUCUGAGAAAUUAAGCGAAUUAAUUGCAGCCAAAUUGGCGAUUUGGACCCCCAAAAAUUCCAACAAUGAGUAAGACAUGAGGAAAUAGUGAAAAGCCACCUACGGACCCCCCAUGCCAACGAGUAUACAGUAUCAGUUCUCUAUGUUUGACAAGUAGUAUGGCGCUGCGGCUCUGAGUAUUGUUUCUGUAAUGCAUUCUCAGUGAAUUUGGGGAUGUUUUUUUUUCCCCCGUUCAGAAAAAUGUGUCAUUCAAGCUGUCAGGUUUAUGUUCCAUUCUACAUCCUGAUAUUACCAGGUUCGGAUCACUAGAUAGUGCUGUUCCUGCUCAAUGUUAAAAGGAUAGUUCACCCAAAUUACUAAAUGCAACCCAUGCUUCAAAUGGUUUUGUUUACCUUGCCACUGUUUCAAAUGCAAACGUUUUAGCAUUUGUGGCACAAAUCCAAUGAAAAUGCUAAUAUAGGUACCAUGGACUAGCAUUUGAAACAGUGACCAGGAAAACAAAACCAAAGCAUGGGUUGCUGACGUACCGUUUGUGAUUUGAGUGAACUAUCCCUUUAACAUUGGGAGGGAUACUUUAAAUAUCAGGAUGUAGGAUGGGACAUAAACCUAAACUUCAAUUACUAAUUUCUCUGAACAGGGAAAAAAUAUAUAAAAUUCACUGAGAAUGCGUCACGUGGGAUGAAGAAACAAUACUCGGAGAACACGGAGAACUGAUAUUGCAUACUCGUUGUUGGGAUUGCUGUGGGGAGUCCAUGGGUGGCUUUUGACCAAUUCUUUGGAAUCCUCAUGUCUUACUCAUUGUUUUUGUCCAAAUUGGAUGUUAUGUACUAUAUUUAUUGAAUAUUAUUUGAAUCCUAUCAUUUAAAAUGGUCAAUUUGGGUACAAUCCAUUAGCUUCAUUUCUCAGAGAUCAAAUUAUAUUUCAACAAAAUAAUGUUGCAGGAAUGCUAAUCUUAUCUGUUUCUAACUACAGAAACAAUUUCAGAACAAUCUGAGAUGCUGGGUGUCAUAGUUUGCUGAAAUGACAUGGAACGACCCUGCAGUAUAUUGGGUCUGAUCAGUACAGUAGCAGUGUGUGCCAACUGAGUGGUAGUCCGUGGUAGUCUGUUGCUGUGUGAUGCAGGCAGAGAGACCGGAGAGGAGGUCCCUGUCAUGUGUGAUGCAGCCGUAGGGGCUGCAGGAGCCAAAGACAGCUGCUCUUUUAUAGCCCAGAGAAGGACACCUCUAGGAUGAAAAGACUGCAGCACUCUCUCUCUUUCCCUCUCUCGUUUCUCUCUCCUCACACACUCGCUCUCUCUUUCCCUCUCUGGCAAAAGGCCAAAGCUGUCACUGAGCUUGUGUGUGUAUGUGACAGAAUGUGUGUGUGAGACGGCGUGAUAUGUGGGAAGAGCUGAGGAUCAAACUGGUGUGGAGGUUAAUGGUGUCUCCCAGUGAUGUCUGCUAGAAUCAAGAUGACUUUAUUAUCAGCCACAGCUUGUUUAUUAUCCCUUUAUGGUUUGUAGGAUGGAGAAAGAUGAUGACACUCAAUCAAUCCACUUUAUUUGUCCCAGGGGGAAAAUAGUUGUCCUAGUUAUUUUUAUUUGGGUGGAAAGAUGAUGGGAUAUUAUUAGUGUGAUGUGUGUUGCUGCUAAUGCUAUAUGCUGGGUGUCUGUUUAUUCAUUAGUGUGUGCGCAUAUAUAUUUGUUUGUUUUACAAUUGUGUGCUGUGUAGGCCUACUGUUUGCUGACUGUCUGUGAUAUCUCUCUCUCUCUUCCUCAUCUCCCUCCCCACUCUGCAUCCUCUCUCCCCACCUCACCUCCCUCUCGCACCACCCCCUUCCCCCCAACUCUCUCCUCCCUCCCCUCAGCCCUCAUUCUAGACCUGAUCCUGGUCGGCAUCGUGAAAGCUGUCGUCCGUCGGCGUCGCCCGUCCCAUAACCGCAUGGACAUGUUCGCCACCUUCUCCGUGGACCGCUUCUCCUUCCCCUCGGGGCACGCCACCCGCGCAGCCAUGUGUGCCCGCUUCUUGCUGGCCCACCUGGUCCUGGCCGCCCCCCUCAGGGUGCUGGUGUUCUUGUGGUCUGGUCUGGUGGGGCUGAGCCGGGUGCUACUGGGCAGACACAACGUGACCGAUGUACUGUUUGGCUUCCUAAUGGGCUACUGGCAGUACAACCUGGUGGAGAUGCUCUGGGUGUCAUCACUGGGCCUGCAGGGGCUGCUGGGACUCAUCCAGGGGUGAGGAGGAGGAGG